GUGCCCGCCGCGGUGCCCCCCGCGGUGCCCCCGGGGGCCGAGCGGGCUCCUCUCCGCGGCCGCCCGGGGCGCGGUCUGCAUGUGCCCGGCCAUGUCCUACCCGCAGGGCUAUUUGUACCAGCCUUCCGCCUCCCUGGCGCUCUAUUCGUGCCCGGCCUACGGUACCAGCGUCAUCUCGGGGCCCCGCACGGAUGAACUGGGCCGCUCCUCUUCGGGCUCCGCCUUCUCCCCGUACGCCGGAUCGACCGCCUUCACCGCCCCGUCGCCCGGCUACAACUCGCACCUCCAGUACGGCACCGACCCCGCCGCCGCCGCCGCCGCCGCCGCUGCCGCCGCCGCCGCCGCCGCCUUCUCCUCCUACGUGGGGUCACCCUACGACCACACCCCGGGCAUGGCGGGCUCCCUGGGCUACCACCCGUACGCCGCGCCGCUGGGCUCCUACCCCUACGGGGACCCGGCCUACCGCAAAAACGCUACGCGGGAUGCCACUGCCACGCUGAAGGCCUGGCUGCAGGAGCACCGUAAGAACCCCUACCCCACUAAGGGCGAGAAGAUCAUGCUGGCCAUCAUCACCAAGAUGACCCUCACCCAGGUGUCCACCUGGUUCGCCAACGCCCGGCGGCGGCUGAAGAAGGAGAACAAGAUGACCUGGACGCCGCGGAACCGCAGCGAGGACGAGGAGGAGGAAGAGAACAUCGACCUGGAGAAGAACGACGAGGACGAAACGCCCAAGGCGGAGGAGAAGGGCGAGCCCGAGGGGCUGGACGCAGGAGGAGGCGGAGAGGCCACUCCGGGUUGCGAGCGGCUCCAGGGGCUCCCGAGCCCGCCGGCCAGCAAGGAGGCCGAAGGCGGCCUCAGCCAGUCGGACGCCCAGGAGCCGUCGGAGGGGCGGCCGGAGGGGCGACUGGAGAGCCGUCUGGGCGAGGAGCCGCCCCAGCCCUACGCCCCGGGCCCGCCCCCGGCCGGAGAGCUGCCUCCGGCCCCCAGCGGACCCUCCCUCAUCCACUCGCCCCCCCCGCCGGCCCCGCUGUCCAAGCCCAAGCUGUGGUCCCUGGCGGAGAUCGCCACGUCGGCGGACAAGGGCCGAGAGGGCACCGAGGGGGCGCCCCCCGGGCCGGGGCCGGGGCCGGGGCCGGGGCCGGGACCCCAGGCCGGACCCCCGGCCGGCCCCGCGCUGGCCAGCCGCUCGUCGCCCUCCCCGGCGCGCUCGCCGUCGGGGCAGUGCCCCUUCCCCGGGGGCACCGUGCUGGCACGCCCGCUCUACUACGCGGCGCCCUUCUACCCGGGAUACACGAACUACGGCUCCUUCGGCCACCUGCACGCCCACCCGGGGCCCGGGCCCGGCUCCGGCCCCGGCUCCGGCCCCGGCCCCGGCCCCGGUGGGCACUUCAAUGGAUUAAACCAGCCCGGGCUGAGCCGGCCGGACGCUUUGGUCAAGGAAACGAAAAUCCUCCGGAGCCCAUCCCACCUAGAGCUGUGCAAAGACUCGCCCUAUGAACUGAAGAAAGGUAUGUCCGACAUUUAACCCCGGGCUGCUUCGGCCCCUGGACUUUUCUAAUUUAUUAAACAAGAUGGCCUUGGCAGUUAUUUUUCCACCACCGAGAGAUUAAAAAGUAAAAUAAAUAAGCCACCCUCCCCGCCCACCGCCACCCCCCACAUCCUAUUCAGAAGUUUAGAGUUUAUCGGAGAUGGGUGACAUUUAAAAGCAAAACAGAACAACAACAACAACAAAAACCGCAACCAAAACCACGGAAACCGUCUCCUUCUCCCCCCGCCCCCACCCGCGUCUUAACCCACUGAAAGGAAAAAUCGAAAAAAAUAAUUUGUAUUAAAUCUUAUUCUGUAUAUUUAAUGUAGCAUUUUUGUAUUUAAAUUGAUAAUACAGUAUCUUUGAAGUAAAUUAUGAAAGCAAGACACCUGUACAGGUAUUAAUGUUGUUUUUGUAAUAUAAAUAUAUACAUUUCUGUGUUUUUCCCGAACCGUUUCAUAGUUUAAAAAUACAAGUUUAAUUUAAUUUUUUACGCCUAUUGAUUUUUCUGGGUAUGAGCUAAAAAGAAGUAUUAUAAAAAGGAAACAGGUUAUACUUAUUAGAUUAAAAACAAAACUGCA